CGCCGCACCGCUGCUGCUCAGUUCACUCGCUCCAGUCUCUCCCGAGCGGGUGGCGCACCGCUCCAUAGCUUCACACGCACCCUGCGCUUCUCACAUCCAUUCAGAUCGACAUCGACUCGCUGUCCGAAGAUGACCGUGAUUUUUACGGGGCCAUCCACGAGCCAAACCUCCUCCAACCGCGGAGAGUAGAUCCGGAGCCGAGGAGAGAGAGAGUCAACCAUCUCUCUCUUCUACUCUCCCCAUCAUCUGCUUCAGUCCUCUGGGCAACAACCCGACAGCUGAAGACGCAACGAAUCGCAAAUCUGACUAAAUCUACCCCACAAACACAUUCUUGCUUUUCAGCAUAAAGACAGGUCUGGACGGGAUAUCGUGGACAUAAAUUUUUUACAAGGAUCCAUUUUUUCUGUAUUCGGUGAAGAUGGAUAAUAUAAAUGUGGAGUCUGUGGAGAAAGAGUGCGGAGCGCUCGGGGGAUUAUUCCAGGCGAUUGUCAACGAUAUGAAGUGCUCAUAUCCUGUGUGGGAAGACUUCAGUGCCAAGGCCACCAAGCUGCACUCUCAACUCCGGACCACUGUGCUGGCAACUGUGGCCUUCCUGGAUGCUUUUCAGAAGGUGGCAGAUAUGGCAACCAACACAAGAGGUGCCACCAGGGAUAUUGGAUCAGCGCUGACCCGGAUGUGUAUGAGACAUCGCAGCAUCGAGGCUAAACUACGCCAUUUUACUAAUGCUUUGAUGGAGAGCCUAAUAACCCCUCUACAGGACCGCAUUGAAGACUGGAAAAAAACAGCCAAUCAACUGGACAAGGAUCAUGCCAAAGAAUACAAACGCUCUCGUCAUGAAAUAAAGAAGAAAUCUUCAGACACCAUUAAACUACAGAAGAAAGCCAGGAAAGAGCUACAGGGCCGUGGAGACCUUCAGCCUCAGCUGGACAGUGCCAUGCAGGAUGUGAAUGACAUGUACCUGUUGAUGGAGGAGACAGAGAAGCAGGCAGUGCGGCGCGCCCUGGUGGAAGAGAGAGGACGUUUCUGUACCUUCAUCAGCUUCCUGCAGCCCGUCGUGAAUGGAGAGAUUGCCAUGCUGGGAGAGAUCACUCAUCUCCAGGCUAUUAUUGAUGACCUCACUGUUUUAACCUCUGAUCCCCAUAAACUACCCCCAGCCAGCGAGCAGGUAAUAAAAGAUCUUAAGGGGUCUGAUUAUUCCUGGUCCUACCAGACUCCCCCCUCCUCCCCCAGCAGCUCCGGCUCCAGGAAAAGCAGCAUGUGCAGCAGUGUAAACAGUGCCCACAGUAGCGCCUCUCGGUCCUCUGGGGGCUCUCAGACUCACUCACCCGGUUCGUCCUGUCGCUACCGCAGCCUGGCCCAGCCGCUGACUACCGCCGCGCACCGCCUCAGCAGCGUCUCCUCCCACGACUCCGGCUUCAUCUCGCAGGAUGCCAAUGCUUAUUCCAAACCCCCGUCACCCAUGCCCUCUGAUAUAACCAGCCAGAAAUCGUCGAGUUCAGCAUCUUCAGAGGCGUCUGAGACCUGUCAAUCAGUUAGUGAGUGUAGCUCACCUACUACAGAUUGGUCCAAGGUAGGUUCCAAUGAGCAGCCAUUGGCCAGCACAAUUCAGAGGAGGAAAGAAGCUGAUAGGCUGAGGGAAGCAGAAACCUCUCCUCAGUCUCAGGGGUAUUCUGGGAUGCAUUCAGAAGACCCCCAGAGACCAAGAAUGACCCCGGCUACUAUAGCUGCCAAGCAUGGGGAGGAAGUCUCUCCAGCUGCUAGUGAUCUGGCCAUGGUGUUGACACGAGGACUCAGCAUGGAGCAGCAGAAUAACAGCCGAGAUUCCCUUCAGUAUUCCAGUGGAUACAGCACACAGACCACCACACCAUCCUGUUCAGAAGAUACUAUCCCCUCACAGGGCUCUGAUUAUGAUGCCUAUUCAGUCAAUGGAGACACGGAGGCCGAUGGCCAGGCUGAAUUCGAUAAAUCCUCCACAAUUCCCCGCCACAGUAAUAUCGCCCAGAACUACCGGCGCAUGAUACAGACUAAACGCCCCGCCAGCACGGCAGGCCUGCCCAGCGGAGUCGGUGCUCUGGGUGGACCACCUGGGGGAGGCGGUGGGGGUGGUUUGCACGGCACUGCCACCAUUCGACGAACGCCAUCUACCAAGCCCGGAGUAAGACGCACCCUCUCCAACGCUGGCCCUAUACCUAUACGCCCACCCAUUGUGCCAGUUAAGACCCCCACUGUGCCUGACUCGCCCGGCGGAUGCACAGGCCCACCCGCCCGUGUGGGUAGCGAAGAAUGUGUCUUUUAUGUGCCGGACGACAGCUCCGCGGGGGCUCUGGAGUACGUGAAGGCCUCUCCGAAGCGCUUGAGCUUGCCCAACACGGCCUGGGGAGCGGGGGGCGUGGGCGGUUUAGAGAUGAGCGUGUACGGCCAAGCGGGCGAAGAGGAUCAUCUUCUGGCCGCCAACCGUCACAGUUUGGUGGAGAAGAUUGGGGAGCUGGUGGCCAGCGCUCAUGCCUUAGGCGAGGGCCAGUUUCCUUUCCCCUCGGUUCCGAAUAAGCCCCCGCCAGGCCCCGAGUCCCAGCCUGACCCGGAAGAGGGUGAGGACAUGCUGGUGUCUAUCCGUCGAGGCGUCCGACUGCGCAAAACCGUCUCCAACGAUCGCUCCGCGCCCCGGAUUUUGUGAUGGCUCCUAGAGAAACUAGACCGAAGAAGACUUCGAGUUGACUCCUUAGAAAAUGAGCUUGAAGAGGAUAAAAAAAACAAUAAAUGUUUAAAGUCAUUAGAGCAAAUACGUGAUGAAAUAAUGAAUAACAAUAAUGAAAAAAGUUAAUGAUAUGUAACAGCAGGCCAAGGCCAAUAUAACUCGUAGCGUGUCCGAACGCAUGUUUGUCUUUUUAACACGCCCAUCACCACGGGAUAGUUGAACUGUAGUGAGACAAUGAACUACUGAAAGAAUCCGGGACCAGGAUGUUGGAGGAUUUUCUGGUCCUCUAUGGUCCCCCUAAAAUAACAGCCACCCCAAACUAUGGACCCCAGGAAUCAGUGCCGGAGAAGCUCAUCUUUAUUUCAGGGGCGUUUCUCGAAUCCUGCCCUCCACAACACCUUGUUUAGCCCCGUCCUCACCUCCAGCGAAUAUGACAUCACAUUUUAAAAGUGUUUAUGGUGUUUGGUCUGAUAGUCGAGCUGGAGGUGAGCUGGGUUCUGCUGCAGGUCAGCUUGUGGUUGGCGUAGAGGGACGGGAUUUAUAUUUUGUUUAUACACUUCUGUUGGCUGCUUGCUUUAUUUACCAGACGAGCAGUUAAUCCACCUAACUCUUAGUAGUAUGUUUGUGUCAGGUAUAUGGAUUUGUGGAGUUAAGGUGAGAAACCGCCGUGAUAAUAUGGAGCAAUAAUGUUUUUUUCCCUUUUUUUCAAUGAUGGGGGAAGGUUCAGCUUUUAAUAAAGCUAUAUGGUUUCAGGUGUCUUCAGAAGCUUUUGAAGACGGUUACUUCUUGUUUAAUAAGUCUAAGUGUGGCUUAUUUAAGUAAAUAAGGAUGAGAAAUGAGCACUUUUAAGGUGAAGCUUUGACCACUAGUUGUCACUGUGGCCACACUGUGUGUGGUGAAUGCUGUGAGAGGACGCGGUCGCAUGCCCUGCGACACACAGAGAUGAUGCGUAUGAUGAUGAUGUCAGAGAGAGAGAGACAUGACGUGAGGCAGAGAUGGGAAGAAUAGGCAGAAUGAUUUGGAAAGUAAGUUGAUAGAUAUGUUUAAUUUCCGAUUUGAGUUUGUAAUAUAUAUUUUUUCAGGAACUUGUUGAAAGAGCUUAGAUGAAGGCACACACCUGGCUGCCAUUUUUGGGGACUUAACGGAUCUGCGGAAGGGAAGAAGGGACGAAAAAACGAGAGAAUGAACUCGAGGAGGAAAACUCAUCCAGUUAUUUAUGAUAAAAGCAUUCCACUGCCUGUCAUAGAUGACAUAGGAAUAAAAACCUACCAAUCGGAAAGUCGCUGGUUACUCUGGGCAUCUUUAUUUACCACAGUACUGUAACCGGAACGGUGAUUCCCUGUUAUCGCCUGACGGGAGGAACACAAUGCUCUGAUGAUACUGGAUGGUGAUAUAGGAGGUCAAAACAUAGUUUUAGUCCUGUAGUGUCUGUUUGUGAGUGACUUUCUGUUCUCCCAAGACUCCCUGUCAACCCUGCAGUCAUAAAUAGUGUUGUUGCUUGAGAAAACGUCAGCCGCUUACUACUUUCUUCCCGACUUUCGGUUCGCUUUUAUUUAUUUUGCGUAAAUGGAGCACUCUGUUGUAGGAAUGCCUGUAGCAUAAAAUAAGAACAAAGUACAUCUGCUUUGCCACAGUGAGUACGGAUGUACGUGAAUGUUCUAACUUCUGCUGAAAAUAGUGCUGUUCUGGAACUCUGGGACCAUAAUCGAGCGAGAUGAAACGAAAGAACGGGGUUAACACGUUUUAAAGGGACAGUUCACCCCAAAAAAUUCUGUCAUAUACUCACCCUCGAGUUGUUCCAAAUCUGUAUAAAUGUCUUUGUUCUGAUAUGAACACAGAGAAAGAUAUUUGGAAGAAUGCUUGUAACCAGACAGUUCUUGGACUCCAUUGACUACCAUAGUAGGAAAAAUGACAAUGGUAUUCAAAAGUGCCCCAGAACCAGUGGCGUAACUUUGUUUUGAAAAGUGGUGGGGACAAAGACGACACAAACAAUACUUAAAAAAAUUGUUUCUGUUAGAACUCGUCGGGAAUAUUCAUGGACGUCACAAGCGCGAAACAUGUAGGUGACUCUUCUAGAAAACAGUAUAAAAACUGCGCCGCUUUAUCGACGGCUUCAGUGGCGUAACGUUAGUGCGAAAGACGCAUGACAAGUCAUAUUGACACUGCAAUGAAGCAGGUUCGAAUCCGCUGAUCUCACUAUUCUAAAUUUUCACAUCACAUAUCAGAUCUGCUUCCAUUUGUUUUUAAACUAUAUCAUGUUUUCAUCGAUAUAUAAUUUAAAGCAUUUUGUGCUUUAUUAUACAAUAUGUAAGGAUGGCUGUUGGGUCAGUGUAUCAUCUGAGGUCCGUGUAUCAUCUGAUCAUUUGAUUAUUCCAUUCAAUAUAACAGACGGAAAAAGAAAAAAACAGUCGAUAUUUCGUUUUU